AGGUUAAUUAUCUUAGAGUUUUAAAUCGACCUACUUUUUACCGAUCAGUUGUGAUUAGAGGAGGCAGAAGUUAUCAAACCUUCCUGAAUGCCUCGAUAACUGCCGAGUUUGCUACUUACAAUAAUUAUUAUUUUUAAAGUUUAGUUCGUGAAAAACGUGCGUCUGGAUCUUGCUCUGUUUGUGCCCAGAGUCUUAGUUGGAACCGUGGACAAAGUCAUACAUUUUUCAAUGCCGGACAAGCAGGGGUUUGUCUGCGUGCCACGAAAUGACCCAUUUGACUUAAACGAUGAAUGGUUAAAGAAAGCAGAAGUUGAAGUUUGCGAAAAUUGUGCUCAGGCUAGAUCUAACCUUGACAAACUAAGGAUAUUGCUUCAGAGCGUGCCUGAUCUAAAUCCGAGGACAGAUGAUCCAUUUCUCCUUUCAUUUCUGCGUGCAAGGAAACACGAUGUUGAGAAAGCGCUUAAAAUGGUUUUACAGUACUAUGAAAUGCGAUUGAAAUACCCGAAGUAUUAUGAAACAACUCUACCAUCUGAAAAAUGGUUUGUUUACAGUAAAGUGACACACACCAUCCUGGAGAACAGAGAUUCUGAAGGAAGGUCAAUUUUAAUACUCAAAGGCGGUAACAUGGAUCCUAGCAUCUUGGAGCCAGAGCAAAUAGUGUCCGCUUUAGCGACUAGCGUGCAGUUCCUUACGGAAGAUCCCAAGACGCAGGUUGCGGGACUGAUUUUACUCAUAGAUUUAGCCGGAUUCACUCUGAGCCAUAUGAGACUGAUUACUCCACGUAAUGUUUACGUUGUUCUAAACGCUUUACAGGACACAUUUCCUGUUCGAACUCGAGCAAUUCACAUCGUCAACACUCCAUUCUUCUUCGAGGCGUUGUACAAUUGUUUCAAACCGUUCCUGAAGGAAAAAUUACGGAAACGAAUUAAAAUUCACGGAAAGAAUUUCAAGUCGCUCCACGCUUUUGUAGAGCCAAAAGUUUUGCCAAAAGAAUACGGUGGAGAGCAACCCCCUGUCAACAACCGAUCUUUGUGCCAUCAAUUGACUCAAAAUGAACAAAUGAUAAAAGAAUGGGCUAAGUUCCGUUACAAAAAAUCAAAAUAAGGUAAGUCCUGGGACACAGGAGGACUUAGAAGACUCCUUGAGCUUUUGACCGUGAAACUUGGUAUAAUGAAUGAUCAUGAUACCUACUCACUCAAUGGUCGACCCAUCAGCCGACCUUAAAGACACUUCUACAAUUUUAUGUCAAAUAUUUCUAAAUAUAUAUUAGUUUCCAUCGCCAUCCAAAAUUCUC